GUACGUGUCUCCAGGUAUCUCUGAUCAGACAUGGCUUCCAGUGGAAAACUCAAGCAGGUCAGCCAGAAGUCCAACGAGAACAUCCUGAGCUUUUUUUCUAAUUCUCAAAAGUCAAUGGGGCCACAGAGGACUACUCUUAAGGUACUCCAGCCUUCAGCAGUUAAUACAGCGUUUGGGAGGGCAUCACAGGGGUCAAAGAUCAUUCCCAAACGAAAACAAUGGGGUACAGAACAAAUUAAGGGUCCAAAGAGGGUGAAAGUUGAAGUCAAAUCUACUCAAACCGAAGCUCUUGACUCUCCCGACAGUGAGACAAAUGAGGCAUAUGAACUCAUGAUAAAAGAAACCCCACCUUCAGCAUACUGGAAAGAGGUUGCAGAGGAGAGGCGUAAAGCUCUGUAUAAUGUUCUACAAGAAAAUGAGAAGCUCCACAAAGAAAUUGAGACCAAAGAUUGUGAAAUUUCAAAGCUUCAGGGUGAGAAUGAAGAGCUACAGGAGUUGGCACAGCACGUUCAGUACAUGGCUGAUAUGAUUGAGAGACUGACUGGGAAGAGCCCAGAUAAUCUUGAACAACUGCGAGAUCUUGCCCUUGAUGGUGGAGAGGAUGUGGAGGGAGAAGGGAAAGAUGACAAUGAUUCACUUGAACAAACUGAAGACCGUGAGGAAGAAGAUGAAGACUCAAGCCAAAGUGACACGGAAGAAAUGCCUGAAGAAUCUAAGCCUGAAGAUUCAAUUGGACAGAAAUAGCUCUGGCUGUGACCUCUGCCUAUG